CGCCUGUAAUGGUGAGGUAGAUAGACAGUAGAUCUAAAGGAUGAAUAUGUCUAUAAGAAGGGAACUUAUUACGAUGAUGAUGAUUAUUAUUUGAAAUCUAGGCUGGUUUUCUAGCCUUUCAAAGCAGGAAAACUGACUUUUAGUAAAAAUAACAAGCUUUUACAAAAUUGGUUCAGCCGUUUCGAAUUCAUCGAAACCUGAUAUCAUUUCUUUAAUCAAUGCGUAAUACAUCAUUGUUUUGAUUUGCGUAGGCAUGCUCGAUAAUUACUUUAUGUCCAGUUUUGCUGUAUGUACUUAAUUUUAUAUCCGGUGUGUAUCCAUUACUUUAAUCACUAUGAAAUUAUAUUAAUAACUGAAAAAUUUAGGGCAUAAAAGGUCUGUACGUAUGGGUAUAAUGAUAAGAAUAAUCUGUGCACGUAUUCUUGAUUGCUUUGUUGAUUCUUGAUUUCCAAAGUAUUUUACAAAAUCAGGAUUUUACAGUGAUUAAAAAAAACUACGAAAUUAUUUUUUUAACAAGUCUGCCUUAUUUUGAUUUCGACAUUCAUAUGUAUUUAACUAAAGUUCCUUAAUGAAUCUAAUUAAGUAAAAAUCACUGGCGCCAUAAAAUAAAAUAGAAAAGACAAUUUGACCUAGGGGGUUUCCCUACGAAUCGAUGACAAUAACAUUAAUCAGCCUACGGUCGUCAAUUUAAUAAGAACAACCAAUAAAAACAAUAUCCUGAAGGACACUAAUUACAUAGCUACGAAGGGAUUUAAAGUGUUUAGGUGUCUCAUGGCAAUAGUAUAUAAGCGUUUGUUUGCUGUAGUCAGUUACAGAGCCAGGCGGCCAGACAGGGGCGUGCGUGACGCAGUUUGUGCGAAUUAUUAAAACAAAAUAAAAACUUAAUGUCAUUCCGAACUCAUAGUUCAACAGCACUGGUAGCCAGAAAAUAAAAGUGUAAUAAAAAAUAAACGUAAUUUAAAAAAUGGAACGCUUCUGUGGUUCUGUUUUUAUUAUUAGUGUUUUGUUUGUCUUAAAUGUUCACGAAAGUGUUGGGAGGACUUGGAUAACAACAACUGAUGAACUGGAGAAUCACAUCAACCCCGAAGACCUGCUGGAGUUUAUUAAUAUACAUCAGAAUGUAACCACAAACGCCGACUACACCGCGCCCACAGAAGCAGGAUAUGCCGAGUUAAUGGAACCCGUAACGGCCCUGCCCGUCCCUGGUUCUGUGGAGUGUUUUGGCUUGGGAUCGCUAACGUCGACCAUCAUGAGGCUGUUCCAGAUGAAACCAGACUCAGCAAAUGCCGUUAAUACGCAUUUCUACUUCUCUUCAAGAACUAUGCUUAAUAGAACACAGGUAUUCCCGGGAUCUCAGUUUGGCCUUGAAUGGGUGGACUUCAAGGCAAACAGAAAAACAGUUCUCAUAGUCCACGGCUUCAUGAGUCACAGCAACGCGUCUUGGGUUCACGACAUGACUAGAGCAUUCCUUGCAUGGGGGGACGUGAACGUGAUCGCGGUGGACUGGAGCGGCGGCGGCAACACGUGGAAGUACUGGCGCGCUGUGGCCAACACGCGGAGAGUCGGCUCCGAUGUCGUCACGUUCAUGCGUCAGCUAAUAGCGGCUACUGGGGCUCGGAUAAAGGAUUUUCAUUUCGUGGGACACAGUUUAGGCGCCCAUAUUGCGUCCUACGCGUCCUUCCACUUGGGAAAAGUGGCACGGAUUACAGGUUUGGAUCCAGCGCAGCCAUGCUUCAGGACGAGUGACUCUACAGAACGCCUGGACGCCACAGACGCUGACUUUGUGGACAUCAUCCAUACUAAUGGGCGACUACUAUCCCGCAUUGGAUUCGGGUUUCCUGAUCCGACAGGUCAUGCAGAUUUCUAUCCAAACGGUGGUAUGAAGCAGCCGGGCUGUUACAACAACACCAAGUCGCUGUGGGCUAAACUCUUGCCGUUCUCACCUACCAAACUCCAGCAAGCAAUUUGCAGCCACGGACGGGCGUAUCUACUUUUUACAGAAUCAUUGAUCAGCAAUAACUGCACAUUCAGAGGACACAAAUGGGAUUUGACUUAUGAAGGGGUGAACGCCAGUCUCAAAUCUAUUUGCGACAGAAGUGGCUCGUGCUCGGAGAUGGGGAUCCGAGCUGUGGGCGGCAGCGACACGCCGCGAGCGCGCGGGCCUUACUUCGUGCUCACCACUGAUAAAGAACCAUACUGUGCUACGGAAUGGCAACUGCUUCACCCUCAGCCGGACUUACUCCGCGACCUCCGCCAAGGGUUCCUUCUAGACAGGUCCCAGAACAGCCCCACCACUGUGGCUCCUAACACCGGGGCUUACGCCGACCCCAUGGCGAGGGACGAACCCACUACCACUACCACGCAACAACCGUGGUACAAGAGAUGGUUCGGAUGAAAUGAUGUCAAUGGCAAUCGGACUGGAAGAUAAGGCUUAGCUUUUCUGUAAUACAUGCUAAUUUAGUAUUUAGAUGUAAGUAGAAAAUUAUCUUCUAGUUAAUAUAGAGUAAUCCGUGUAUUUUUCUAAAAGUCAGUAACUGUAAUUAUCAACCACUCCUCCACUCCUGUAACGGGUCUGCUAGUAGAGAUUUCUAAUGAAAUAAGCAGCAUCUUCAUACAGCUAUUUUUAUUGUAUUUUACCAUUUUGUGUGUACAUAAAUUAUUAAAUAAAAAAAUAUAUGUAAAUUCGAGGAUUGU